GCUCCACUUGUUCACCUGCAUGGGGAGCUGAAUGUUCUUUGUAAAUUAUUAGCAAGAUCACAGUGAGCACACUGUCACAGAGCUCCCCAGGCAGAGACUCUUUUCUGGUGUUUCGCUUUGUUGGGUUUUUAUUUGUUUCUACCUGCCUCUGGAUGUGAAAGGAGCUUAGUGCUGGGCCUCCACCCCGGAGCUCUGGAGGCAGUGAGGCCAGUGCUGGUCAGCUGGUUAGCAUGCCUAGGAAAGUGGCCUGGGUGGCCUGGCCGCAGGCCUUCCCAGGAGUGGGAGAUGAAGAGCAGAUUAACUCACCAGGAAUCCCUCGCUCGUCAUCAAGCAGACUUGUUGCUCCUCACGCUGAAUGUACCUGAUGGCGAGUUACCCUUCAGGAGAAGGGCGAGUGUUGCUGUCCUUACGUGGAAAGGCCAAGGCGUGGAGCACUACACAGCGAGUCUCCUAAUCCAUGGAUAAGGUGGGGAAGAUGUGGAAUAACUUCAAAUACCGCUGUCAGAAUCUCUUCGGCCACGAGGGAGCGAGCCGCAGUGACCAUGUGGACAUGAACUCCAACAGGUGUCUGUCGGUCAAAGAGAAGGGCCUCGGCGCCGGGGAGCCGGCUCCUCAGCAACAGAGCAGCCCCCUGCGGGAAAAUGUCGCCUUACAGCUGGGCCUGAGCCCCGCGAAGGGCUCGGCCCGGAGAAGCCAGAACUGUGCCGCGGAGAUCCCGCAGAUAGUUGAAAUAAGCAUCGAGAAGGAGAACGAGGCGUGCGCGGCCGCUGGGCCGAGGCUUGCGCGCAGAGAUUCCUACUCGCGGCACGCCCCGUGGGGAGGGAAGAAGAAACAUUCCUGUUCCACCAAGACCCAGAGCUCGCUGGAGAGCGACAAAAAGGUCGGGCGGACUCGGGGCGGGCUCCCGAGGCGAGAGCGGCGCUGCGGGCUGAGCGCGGGGCACGACGCCGAUGGCGUGUCCGGCAGGGCCGUGGGGAGCCGCUCGCUGAGACAGAGGCUGCAGGACACCGUGGGCCUGUGCUUCCCCGUGAGGACGGACCACAAGCAGCCAAAGCCCCUCUUCUCCAACAAAAGGAAGAUCCAUCUCUCUGAACUCAUGCUUGAGAAGUGCCCUUUCCCUGCGGGCUCCGACCUAGCGCAGAAGUGGCACCUGAUCAAACAGCACACGGCGCCCGUGAGCCCGCACUCCGCUCUCUUCGAUACCUUCGAUCCGUCUUUGGUUUCUACAGAAGACGAGGAAGACCGGCUUAGAGAGAGACGACGGCUCAGCAUCGAAGAAGGGGUGGACCCCCCUCCCAAUGCCCAGAUCCACACCUUCGAGGCCACGGCGCAGGUGAAUCCGCUGUACAAACUGGGACCAAAGCUAGCUCCCGGGAUGGCUGAAGUGAGCGGGGACGGCCCUGCAGCGCCUCAGGCCAGCUGCGACCCAGAAGAGGACACCACCACCCUGUGCUUGCAGUCUCGCAGGCAGAAGCAGCGUCAGGUGUCUGGGGACAGCCAUGCCCACGUGAGCAGGCAGGGCGCUUGGAAGGUGCACACCCAGAUCGAUUACAUACACUGCCUCGUGCCCGACCUGCUUCAGAUUACAGGGAAUCCCUGCUACUGGGGCGUGAUGGACCGCUACGAGGCAGAGGCGCUGCUCGAAGGGAAGCCGGAAGGCACGUUCUUGCUCAGGGACUCGGCGCAGGAGGACUACCUCUUCUCCGUGAGCUUCCGCCGCUACAACCGCUCCCUGCACGCCCGCAUCGAGCAGUGGAACCACAACUUCAGCUUCGAUGCCCACGACCCGUGCGUGUUUCACUCCUCCACUGUAACAGGACUUCUAGAACAUUACAAGGAUCCCAGCUCCUGCAUGUUUUUUGAGCCCUUGCUGACGAUCUCCCUCAAUAGGACUUUCCCCUUCAGCCUGCAGUACAUCUGCCGGGCGGUGAUCUGCAGGUGCACCACGUAUGAUGGCAUCGAUGGGCUCCCUUUACCGUCCAUGUUGCAGGAUUUUUUAAAAGAGUAUCAUUAUAAACAGAAAGUUAGGGUCCGCUGGUUAGAACGAGAGCCAGUUAAGGCGAAGUAAGCCCGCCUGCUCCCCCCAGGGCGUUCGCUAGGCCUGCUUCCGUGUGCGUCUCGCAGUAGGGCUGUAGCCAGCGCAGGAUCGGUGCCAGGUGCUCCCACACGGUGUGUAGACGUAGUUAGCUUCUGUCAGGUGCCGUCUUCUGUUGCUCAGAUAGGCGCGGUGCCUGUUGAAACAGCGGAGGAUCCAGCUACAGGUGAUCAGUAAGGUUACAGAAACUUUUUGCCGAUUUAGCUAACAGGUUGGGUUUUUAAUGGCUGUAGUAUUUUGAGGGAGGCAACUCUGGGGCAUUUGCUAUGAAGAAUUCUAUUUCUUACUGAAGAACAAAUUAUUAAUAUUGGAUGAGUAUUUCAACAGUGUAACUAAUGUUUGAAAUUAUUUUUUCUAAGAGUUUUUCUAUAACCUUCCAAAAGUAGUGAUGUUUGUAGUUACUAUAAGUCAAGCUUUGGAAGUCCAACAAAAUUUAAAAAAAAUACCUGCCUUCCUUUUAGAAAAAAAAAUGCAAUUUUCUGGCCACAAGGGCAUAGUGCAGUUCACUUAGGUGUUGAUGGAGUUAAUAGUCAGUCUCCUUUUAUCUUCUGCAAAAGGUCCUGCUAAGUAAACCAGGUUUUCUAAGUAGUUAUUCUUAAAAUUUCAGACUUAGAAAGUUAGUAGUAGAAUUUUAUUUAAAGGCCCUAGGUAUUACUUUUUUGAAUGAGUGCUCUAACUUAAAAACAAGCGUUUGGCAUAGCUGCCGCAGUGUACUGCAUGUGAUCCUAAAAUUUUAAGUUGACAUACGCAGUCUAAUAUUUGCUUCCUUAAAAAGUUGGAUCUUCUCCCAUGCCCACGAUAAGUUUGUAAACCAUGAAGAAAAUGAGAGUAGAAGAUGCCCAAACAAGUCAGAGAAUAGUCACUUCAGUGGUUGCUGGUGUUGAGACUAUGGUUAAACUGUAAUUAAUAAUUUGGAUGGCAGUAUUUAUCUCUUUGUUAUAAAGUCUCAUAGCUGAAUUGCUUAAGUAUAAUUUAUAGGAUUGCAGUGCAGUUAAUUCUUAAUGGAAAAAUCUGAAACCUACAUUGCUGAUUGAAAAGGUACUGUACAACCAUUGUAUCUGUAAAUAACUUUACUUAGCACCUUUUCAUCACUUAGACUAGUACGUAAUACAACUUGAGUGAGCUCCUUUGGAAGUAAUACCAAGUUCUAGUGUUUGCUUCUUAGUAUCGAACUGAAUUUCCAGUUCUGUCCUAGACAUUUUGCACUAAAGUAGCCGAGUCCAUUUUUGUGUCUUUCUGUUGGUGUGCUCUGGCCACUGGUGAGCGCUCCCUGGCUCCUCGCCAGCCGCUGCAGAGAGGUGUUCUGCGUCCCUCUGGCUGCUGCCAAGGCUACAAGAGAGGAGGCGCAGCUGUAUGCAACUCGAACCUUUUGACUGCUGAUGUGUGUUUCUGCUUGCCGUGCCUUGUUGGGGCUGCUUCCUUGUGCUAAUAAAGUAUGUUUGGUGUUCUCCUUGUAGAUCUGCUGUUUUAUACAUUUGCAACAGUUUGUCCUGUACAUGGAAUGGUUUGGGGGUUUUUAAAAUAAGCAUUACCUGACAAACUACUAUAGUUAAUGUGGAGUUACUGUACAGUCUAAUACUGACGUAUCAGAAUAAGCUGAGUCUAAAUUUGAUGCUCCACAGCUUUCCAGUCAUAAUCGUGUAUGCUGUGGAACAGUGUCUGUAGUUACUGCAAAUUACUCUACAGCUGAGGUCAUUACCAAAAAUUAGCAGAGAAAUAAUACACCUAUUGAUUUCUCUACAGUAAGUGAAAAACUGAAGCUACCAAUGACGUAUCCUAGUCAGUGAUUAUCUGUAGUGUCCCACUGCAUCAGAACCAGGUUAAACAAGGUCUUGUGAACUAAUAGUACAUCACCAUUUAUUGGUGGUUUGGGGACCAUCGUAAUCGAUAAUAAAUGCCCAAAAUGUAGAACUUUAACCAAAGACGUGUCCAUUUUAUCAAAGAAUGGGGAUUGAGGGGACUUAGAAUUUCUGUAUUUCUAGUAGAAGUCCCUGAACAACAUAUACCAAAGUGAUUGAGAACUUCAUCCAAACCUACUUUAAAGCAUUAUGUGCAAUGAAGUUGUUAUGACAUAAUUAUGUUGCAUAAUUGUUGGGUCCGUUUUCUUGAGCUUAUAUUGUACCUGGAAAACAAACCUCUUGGGGGAAAAGUUGCCCAUGCUGAUUUACUGGAAAAGGACUAUAUAUGCAAGCAAGAUCGGGUUGGAGAGAGGUCACUUGAAACUCCAAGAAAGCACUUGAUGUUUUUAUAUGCUUGUAGCAAAUUGAUGUUCUAACUAGUUUUAUAGAAAGUAUUAAUGCUUUUAUGUAUUUCAGAACUUUCAUAUGUUACAUGGAAAUUGUUUUAAAUGUGUAACUAUAUGAGUUCAUGUAAGCAUGUAUACACUGUGCUAAGUCACUUAUGUUUCAGUUUGUGUAUAAUAUUAAUAUGCAACUUCUGGUUUAAAUUUUUUUCUUAAAAUAUUAGUGGCUUACAUUUUAAAAAAAGAAAAAAUCACCAGCAUGAAAUUACACAUAAAUCUAUAUUCA